UUCUCGCUCCUACCUCGUUGACUUCUACAUUCACCUAAACCGAUCUUUUAUUGUCCAGAUGACUACAGUGGGCAAACUUCAAGCUGCACUGGCAGCCGCGACGAACGAAGUAACGAUCGCAGCCGCCAACCUCAACUUUGACUUCACUUUAGUGAAGUUCGAGGCCCCGCAAGAGUAUCAGCCGCUUGGAAACAUAUUGUCAACGAAACGAAAAGACAAUGCAGAACACGGCUCGACUCAUAUUCUAGCGAGACGGUUAGGUGCACUAUUCGAGGGCGUCUGCUCUGACACACCCAACCUCUUGGAAUCAUACGGUACCCGUGCAUCAGAGAUCGCGAAAGCGGCAAAGAGUAUAUCUGAACCGUACAUUGAUACACUUUUUGGUGAAUAUACGGGUAUAGAUGGAACGUCCAUCUGGGCUGCAGCAACUUCAUCAAAAUCCGCUCUUCACGUGCAUCUGCUGGCAUGUAUGCUUGCACGGAUGUGGACUGCCCCCGAAGCCAUUGCCAUUUGGGUAGAAUUGAUAGCCGAGCGAAAAAAGCACAUCGCUAACGAAAUGGAACGCGGCGAGCCAGUCAGAUUUUCACUGGCAGCGGCCACUGGACAAGACAUCACGCGUGCCCAGUUGGCAGCCUGGGACACAAGCGCAAGGGCCUGGCUUAGUACCGCUGAUACUGUACAAGGCCGCAAUCAGAAGCAACUGGAGUUAAUACUCAAGAAUAUCAAACUACCCGUGAACCAAGAUCUCAGCGUUUUCCCAAGCGUCAUCAAUGCCUGGUCUCUGGCUGUCGAAACUAUGGAGAAACUGCUAUCGGGUAUGCCACAAGCAGUGCAAAAUGGCGCAACGCUCUUAGGCUUGUCUGCUUGGCAUAUUUAUCCCGAUAUGACCAUCUUCAGUCCUAAGCUCGUGACUGUCAAGAUGGACGAUCCGCUUGUUGCUGUAGGCGGUGUUCUAUCGCUAGGUCUUUCAGCUACGCCUCGAAUCGCUGACGAUGAUCAUGGUGUGUACUGGUCUCUUUCUCUAGCGCAACUCCGACAUUAUGGACGGCCAGUGAAGAGCGAACGAGCCUUGGGAAACUCGUCACAAAUAUCUAUCAAGCAACUUCAGCUUGUCACUUUCUCGGCACUACUUUCGAUGUGGGGUUGUUCCGAAGCGCAAGGAGAUCUUAAUGCAGAAACUGUGGUUUCCAUGGUAGACUACAUCAUUGGUAGUAAACAUGGUAGCGUGGCAGACCGUCAACUGCUAAGGUGGCUUCGAGAUAGCGCUUGUGCGUACCUGAAUCGUGCGACACAUGAUAUUGACUUGAACAUCAAGUUGAUAAGGCUUGGUCGUAGAAGAGCCGAACGAUUCUUCGAAGACUAUGAGCCUGAAGACCCUGUGACAGCUGAUCAUUCUAAUUACUUCUUCAACAUUCUGGAUCAGCUCGUAUUUAUGCGAGUUUUGAAAGACGACGACGCUCGAGUAGCUUACUUACGCCAUAUGGCAAGCGAGAUGAGCACCAGCUCAACUCUUCCAGAUGACUUUAUCAUACGUUGUGCACAUCAGAUCCAGGUUUCAAACAACACAUCUCAACCGUCUCUUGAUAACCACGACUGUGGCCGCAGUUCUCGCUCAGAAACGUCUCAGCUCAAUGAACCCUCCAGCCGGUCGUCCACUCGCUCAUCGCAACAACGGCAAACGCCACCCGGGGCUGCCUACCAUUCCAAGCAGGAAGAUAGAGGUGUUAGCGACGAUCGCCAGCUUCAAAAUCUCGCGCAGUCACCCACGAACAGCAGCGCAGGAGAUGAAGAUAGUGACGUCUAUGAGUCAGCAGUUGAGGAAUUGACAGAUGAUAUUGAAAGCUGUAACACUGGCGACAAGAGGGGUGAGAUAUCUGGUAGAGGCGAAAAUGCAAAAGAAGAAGACAGUGAAACAGAAGAGAAAGGAUACAACAAGGAAGAAUAUAAUGGAGGAGAAGUGUGGGACGAGGAAGGAUAUAGUGAAGAUGAAGAAUAUAGCGAAGAUGAAGAAUAUAGCGAAGAGGAGGAAUACGACAAAGAGGAAAGACACAAUGGAAACAAGCGACCACCUUCCACCAACACAGUUCACGUCUACUCGUUUGCCACAGCAAUCCCUUGUAAAGCUCUAGACGAGACGCUAGUUCAUUCAAGAUGGCUGCCGUAUCAAUUUCGUGAUGGCAUUCCGCCAGAGGGAGAAACAGUGACUUUCACCGCGGACGAGAUCUUUAGCUCAUGGGAUGAUUGUGUGCAAAUUGUCGCGGCGAAGGAGCCAGAGACGUACACGUAUCACGUAGUCUUUGGAGACCCAGAUAAAGUGGCACUGUAUGUGCGCCGAAAGCCAGGAGCACCAUAUUCACUCGAUUACACUGUCAAACUACAUCAUUUGCAGUGGUGCAUCGAACACAAGAUGAUUGACCCCUCCAUGCUGCUUCAGAAGCUGGUAUAUCCGUAUGGCGGGGGCGGUGCGCUGAGGCGAGUUCUCUACGUCUUGUCGGGUGUUGCAGCUAUCUACGAGGACAUGCCUGAUGCAACAAUUGACAUUGGAAUCCUCAAUCGUCCGUUGCUUAGAACACGAUGGGCAAAAGACCUGGUCGGUAGAUUUGACCUCAGGGUACCUGCUAUGAAAUCGGAGGCAGCACUCGCGUUUUCUGUAAUCUCAUACUUUGAGUCUGGAAUACACGAUGUGGCUCCGGACCAGUUAGACGGUGUUAUCGCCAUUUCAUCCACGAACUCGUUGUUUGUAUCUGGUCCCAUAGUCCAAGAUCCAUACGAAUCCAUUUUGAACCCAUUCAGUGUACGCAAGAUACUUGGAAACGUGGGCAAACCUGGACUCACUUUCUUGCUUCCACCGCAGGAUCCAAUGACGCGUGAGUUUGAUCCUACUAGUUGGAGGUUGGACUCACACCUUCCCUUUGAUGGAAAAUUCGUACGCUCGUUUGAAGGCACUUCCGUCCAUCUAUCUUUUACCGAAUAUCACGUCCAAAUGUACGAUGGUUCACGCGGGGCGCACGACAACCAGAUGUCAUUUUUGGAAUCUGUUAUCUCUGUGCGAGACAACGGACAAUGGGUUGCUGAUGUAGAUCCGCUGCCUGUUAUUGAUAGAGGGUAUGGCCAUGAAAUUCGGAAGCUUCCGCCUCAGCUCCCAUGCUCCCACGAGAAAGGAUCGCAACCAAACACAGAUAUAACAGCUGUCGACAGCUGGGACGAGCUACUCGACAAACCCGACGGUAUAUUUGUAAUUAGGACUGGUGACAACUGGGUUGCAAGACUUGCAGCCACCCUGGUCGCUUCUGAGCGUAUGAAGACAAAGUCAACGUCCUACGCCAUUACAGUGUGCCCACCUGAUACUUGCUGGGUGUGUAUGCAACAAUCGCUUUCAAAUCACGUGUAUGUUUUCUGAGUUUGGCAAAAAGGUGGGGAAGUGAAGGAUUUAGUGAUUCGUUGAGCUGUCGCUUCUCAGCAAUCCUGUGUAUAGCAUGACUAAGAACACAGAACUCAGUUCCAAGGUUCAUAAUGAGCAUUCCUCUUUUUUGUUGUACUUUCCAUGUGUAACAGGCUAAAAAGAUCAUAUUGGGUUUGAUCUGCAGGUGGGGAACGGGCAGCAGAUAUAUUUUCGACAUUUGAGAUAUCGGUACGCCUCGGACUUGGUUAACCUCUGGUAUUGACCACCC